AUGCCAAUGGGCAAUGAGGAUCAGACAUUGUCUGCACGCCUCUGUUCUCUACCGGCCACGGAGCACGCCAUUCUUCUUAACCGCUUCAAGUUUUUAGACCUUGUCCAGCGCGUGGCUGCGGCAGACGUAGCGGAGAUGGUGCAGACAAUUGGCCUGGAGGCACUUUCAUACAAGGGGACACUGGAGAAGAUUUCACCUUUAUGUGUAGCUGCGGCCGAUGUGAAGAGGCCGACACCGUUGGAACGGCCUACUCGCCGUGGUGCGUUGCCGCCGCAGCGUGGGCAUACGCGGGAUGCAAAUGUCUCAACUGAAUCUGCUUCGCGACAACGGCAUCGUUUUUAUACUCGCGAUGAGGAAUUGCAUUUCGUCAAGCGACUGUCGCAACCGCAAAAGAAUCGUGAUCCCCUUGACUUUCAGCUGCGUAAACCUCCGCGUGGUCAGCAGGAAGAAGGGAUCAGGUACACCCGCGGAAAGUCAUCAUCUCCGCAGUUCAGCGGAGGGUACGACAUGGUAGCUGCUGGUGAGUCUCGUCACGGGAAAAACAGCGGUAGGCGUCAUGGUUACACUGACAACGACUACAACGACGAUGAUGACGUGGUUAUUGCCUCGAGCGAUGACAGGUGGGCAUUGACUGGGGAUCCACUCAAGGUGCGGUUUAUCACCCACAUGCCUAUUAAAGAGGACCGGCCUCUGCCAAUACUGACGCAGCAUCAACCUUUAGAACAGCCCGCCAGAGAACCGAGCUUCCGUGAGGUGUCUCCCGACAAUCACCGGAGAGGGAUUUCGUCUGGGCCCGAAGGAAGAUCCAGGACGGCAGAAGGACAAGGAACAACCAACGAUAAUGGGGGUGACAGGACGCAAAACGAGUCUGAGGCAAAAUCAAAGAUGGAGCUAAAGCAGCAAGAGCAACCGACAGACGCCUCGCAUAGCCCACUUAUGGAAAUUGCAACCCCGCGCACAAUGCAGAGCUCUGUCACGCGGUAUCGGGGACAUUUUGCACCAAAAGCAAAACCGAAGGCGGCGGCGGAAGUGCCUCGGGUUCCGAUGGAGGUGAUACGUCAUGCCUCCGCAUUGUUGAUGGGUAGAAAUGUGGCACCAGCACCUGCACAUCCUCCCAAUUCUUCAGCUGGGCCACAGGAGCCGCAACAGCCGCCACCUGCCUCGACACACAGUGUGUCCUGGGAUACGCAGAGUCCUAAGUUUCCUUCAGGGACGUCGCAAUCCCUUAUGCAAAAUUCUUCAGUGCGGCGUGGUGUCAGAAAAGGAGAGUUAGAAGCUCAGACUGGGCAGACGCCAAUUUUGGAAACAACAAAAGCUCUUUCCGACGAGGCGCUCGCAGAACUUACUUCUGCCGUCGAACGUAUGCUGCAGGAUCACCGGGCCGUGCUGGAUGGAAUUCUGAAGGAUAAAGGAAAUUCAUCCUCCGAAGUUGCUACUCCCACUGACAACAAGAAAAAGGGUGGGCAUGAAGUUUAUACCGGUGUGACAGGUGAUAAUGUGGGUGGAAGGGCUUCAAAGAUGGGGGGGAAACGUGGACGAUUAAGUGCUACUCCUACGACUGAAGAGUCUGCCCGCAUAGUGCAGCAAGCUCACGACGCCUUGGAGGAUCUUGACGAUGAAGAGGACGAAUUGUUGUUGGUAAGCCGGAUCCAGCGUCAUGUGGGUGCGAUGGAUCGCGAGCUGGGGAUUAUAGAGCAGCGUGAGCAGCAACAAUAUGGAUUGAGCGGGGAAGGAAAGGAGGGCCUUGAAGAUGACAAAAGUGAAAGAUCCUUGCGCCCGAGGGAAUCUCUCAAACACGAUGGUCGCCGCGUUGUGAAUGAUGAUUUCAAUAGAGCAGUACCGGGAGGCGUUGCAGACCGCGGACGUCGGCGUUGUCGUCGUUGCGGUGAAAUUCCACGUGCCAUUGUAGAGCGUCUGCGGUCAUUUCAGAAGGAGAAUCAUGAGUAUAUACGGUACACGGAGAAGCAGUGGAAUACAUCUCACGUGACGGAACAAACAUUUGCGCAGCGACUCACUGAGACACUUGCCGAAGAUGCAUUCCAAGAGGUGUUUCAGGAAGUUGGCAGCAUCCUUGACACAUACGUUGAGGGUCUGGUGCUGCAUGAGCUGCAGUGA